AUGUUUAUCUAUGCAUGUCCUGAGAUGCAUUCACAAUUUCUGUCUCAUCAUCAGUAUGGGUUCUCUAUGGGGUUCUUGAAACAAGAACAAGUAUAUUUAUUCAUUGUGGGAUCCAGUAAUGGUUUGGUUCUAUGCACAGCAAGCAAAAUGCUCACGGACAUGUAUUAUGUUUGUAAUCCACUAACCAAGAAAUGGGUUUUACUUCCACCACCAUUAAUACAACAUAUAUGGGUUGCCACUGGUUUCAUAUGUAACGAUGAAUGUGUUUCAUCAUCAUCACGCAUAUCUACGAGUUACAAGGUUAUUCGUAUACCUAUAAAUAUGGAAGCAUCCAAAUUCAAAGUUGAAAUAUUUUCUUCUGAUUUGGGUAAAUGGAAUGUCUAUGAUGUUUCAUAUCCUCUGGAUGCUACUUGGGGUUACUCCUUUAAUGAAAAACUUGUUACCCAUAAUGGUGUUUGCUAUCGGUUUCAAAAGGAAAAGAGAAAUCUUUUAGCUUUCAGUAUUAGCAGAAACAACAACGAUGGAGCCUGUGGCAAUGACUGUAGGUCAAUUGAUUUGCCUGACCGAGCGAAGGAUGAGGAGCACUGGGAUGAUCUAAAACAAUACCUAGGGGAAUCAGAAGGAUUGAUCUGUUACGCUAUAGUCAAUGAAAGUGAGAGGAGUUUGAGUGUUUGGGUACUCGAGGAAGACUGGUAUUUGAUGCACAAGGAUAUCGAAUUUGACAAUACUAUAGCAGAAAUGGAAUCUUCGUUCAAUGGAGGAGCAGGUGCGGAUGAUAUAUUUUCACAAAUUCAGGUACUAGGUUUCAAUCCAGUAGACAAAAAUGUGGUUAUUCUCAGCUACAAGAAGUGCAUUUGGAGUUACAACUUCAGAACCAGGGGAUAUGAACAACUCUCUCAUGUUCCUCCCCUAGGUAGCAAAAUUUCUAUGUCUCAUAUGAGUGAGACAUUUUCUUCAAAGCCAACAUUUGCUUUAAAGCCAACUCCGACAACACUUCCACCAGUAACUUGGUGA